CUUGUCAAGUAAUUCCAUAUUCAUCAUUCCCAAGUUGUUUAAUUUGUUACGUCCAUUUCAUGAUUGCGCUGAGUUGAUCGAUACAUCGGAGUAAUGGAAUGUUUCAGGAUGUAUUUAUACGUUCUUUUAAUCAGUCAAUUAAUUCUCAUAGUCAAAGCAUCAGAAACUAAUGAUUUGCUGUUUGAAGGGAUUGAACCACGGACCGUACUGGCUGGUAACAAUGCUACAUUUCGCUGGAAAAAAAUUGGAACUGAGCCUAUUGACAAUCUUGAAUAUUACGUUUGUUCCCCUUCCCAACCCAAACUGGUAUAUUAUUAUCUCAAAGAUGGUACUUCUGAACCUAUAUAUUAUACAAAAGAAAUCAAACGAUAUGCAUCAGCAGUUGAGUGGACUGGUAAUAUUUCAAGAAACGAAUACGCCUUUACGCUCAGAAACGUUGAGGAAUUUUCCCAUAAGAAGACAUUUUGCUUAAAAGUUCAAUAUGAAAGUUUUACGAUUGUAUGGUUUAAUACAACCGCAUUGUUCAUCUCAGUUCCGCCUGAAGUACAGUUACUGGUAGACAAGACAAACGUGACUGUCGGAGAUCUUGUGACGAUAAGAUGCUCCAAAAUUAAAUCAGGAAGACCGGAGUCUAAGAUUUCGUGGUAUCAUAACGAUAAAUUGGUUCCUGGAAAAGACAAAGAAUACUUGUUUAACCAAAGAGAAAUUGAAGCAAAAGAUGCAGGGUCGUACAGAUGUGUGGCAGAGAAUGAUGCAGGCACCGACGAAUCAAAUACUAUAAAAAUCUCUGUACAUGGGGAACAUAAAAAAAAUGAAAUUCCUGGUGCUCGUGGUACAAGUUCAGGAGGUGGUCUUGGUGGUGGUGCAAUUGCUGGUAUUGUGAUCGGAGUAAUCUUGAUUGUGAUUAUUGUGAUUGUAAUAAUUGUUGUAAUGAAGAAAAGAGGCAAAUCAACAGGCAGUCCAAAAAAAGCAAUUGACGAGGAAAGUAAAUCUGCGAUGGUCUCAAAUCAAACAGAAAAAGACCAAGUGUGGUUGUAACGUCUG